GUAUCUGGGACUGCUAGUAUACGAUGCUCGAGAGGACUAGCGUGCAGUAGGCGGUGAUCUUUCCGCCGCACCCCGCAUGACGUGUGCCGGAGACAUGGAGCAGUGGAGCCCCUGCAAACUCGCGAACACAUCUUCAGGGUGUAGUAAAGCAAUUCUUCCAAGCCGCAGACUGCUACGAGUCAAACAGCGAUCAAGUCUAAACUUUUUCGCGUGCUAUAUCCAUUAUGCCUUACGAGUCAAUAAUCACCUUCACGCUCGACACAAUAUGUCCUUGGACAUACCUAGGCUUCAUUCGCCUAAACAAAGCACUCGACAACUACCGUUCCGCCAACCCCAACUCCCCAGCAACAUUCACCCUCAAACUAGCACCCUACCAACUCUACCCCGAAUCCAACCAAGAAGGCGUCAACAAGUAUGAAUGGUACAAAAACGAAAAGUACGACGGCAGCGAAGACCGCAUGAACAAGUACAUGAAUGUCAUGGGCGAUCUAGGCAAAGCCGAAGACAUCCAGUUUGACUUUGGAGGUGGCAUGGUUGCGAAUACCUUACACGCGCAUCGUAUAUUACAGUAUUUACAGAACAACAAAAAGCAAGGUGCUGCAUUGGAAGCUGUAAAGUCGCUGUACAAUCAGUACUUUGAGCAGCGUGCUCAUCCGUCGAGUACCGAGACUCUAGUCAAAGCGUGCACAGCGGCUGGGCUGAGCGAAGUGGAAGCGAAGAAGUUGGUGGAAGAUAGCGAUGAGGAGUUGAUGGAGACGAAGGCGGCGAUUCGGGAACAAGCCGGGAAUGGAGUGGACAGCGUGCCGUAUGUCAUUUUUGAGGGUAGGAAGAGGGACUUUACGCUUGUGGGUGCGAAGAGUGUGGCCGAGUAUGAGAAGGUGCUCGCGCAGGUUGCUAAGGAGUGUACGUGAGGGUGCGUGGAUGGGCACCUGAUGUUUGCUACUGGUGGACUUGAGUUGAUGUCAUUCUUCCUCUUUCUCGGAACUCGUCCAAUCUCUCUACGGCAUGGUGAUGGGACGUCGUGUCCAUGAUCGAAAGACUACGGCCACAGAAGCGACCACGAUCCAGCUGUUUACGUCACUGAUUAGUGUUGUGACCAUGCUGGCAAUACCUAGGUACAACGGAUCCACGUAUUCCGUAUUCGAUUCGGCCCGGUUGGAGCUAUACUAGGCUCGAAUCAGGACGUUAUGCGAUUAAAUGGGUAUCUAAUUCCGAAGACAG